UUAGCAACAGAUGAGCUCUCCCUGCUUCGCUGUCUGCAUCUGAAAUCCGGAACAAAAACAGUUAAUAUUAUACUGGUUUUCUACGUUUUUUGGGCAGAUUUAAUCUGAGAGCUUCUAUAUCUGGAAAGAAGUGGAUGCCAUGGAGAAUACAGACAAAUCCUUUUCUGAAGCUAUCCUCAGUAAGGAAGCAGGUGUGAAAUACAACUCCUAUUUGCCAGGUGAAACAAAGAUUUCAAAAUCAGCAGUUUGCAUAUUAGCAUGCUUGCUUCAAAUGUGUGUUGUAAAUGGACAGGUAAUAUGUGAGAGGCAAAUGACUGCUGAAUGGCGAGUGGAACCAAAACCUACUGUAAUAAAGUGGACACUGAGGGAGAACAUCUGCUCAGAUUUUUACACCGAAUGCUGGAAUGUGAAUAAAACUAUUACUGGAGGAAUAUCAGAAGAACAAAAUCUCAUAAUUCCUCAGAUAUGCCCCUUACAGCUUCAAUUAGGUGACAGUCUCUUCAUCUCCUCUGAGCCAUCCUUUCAGUCCUAUGGAAUGAAUUUGGUAAACAUCUCCAGGGAAGAAUUCAUUAACUGCCCUAAAACUGAUGUUCUUCAAGAGCAGAUGAUUUUUGUUUGCCAGAUAAGAGGACUGCAUCAAGUUGACCCUAACUGGCUUGGUGUUGGAACUCAUUACUUUGCAGAGCUCCAUAAGAGAGGCCCUCUAUUGUGCAAUAUGGGCCUCCGUCUGAAUAUAACUGUGAAGCAGCAAUUUUGCCAACAGUCUCCAAAUGCACCAUUAUGUUCUGGACAUGGAAAGUGUCUAAGCCAUGUUUGGGAAAAAGCAUAUAAUUGCCAUUGCUUCUCACAGUAUUCUGGAAGAUUCUGCCAGAAAUUUGAUAUGUGCUCCACGAAACCUUGCCACAACAAUGCCUCCUGCACAGAGAAAUCGGAACUUUCUGGAGAUUCUUACGAAUGCACGUGUCCUCCACAAUUUUCAGGUAAAAAUUGUACAGAAAUAGUUGGACAGUGCCAGUCACAUACGUGUUUCAAUGGUAACUGCAGCAAUGUUAGUCCAAACACUUUUCUUUGUGAAUGUGACAAGGACUUUGCAGGUCCAUUUUGUGAGGAACCUGGUGAUCCUUGUGCAUCUCACCCAUGUGUGAAUGGGGGUAUAUGUCAAUACAAGCAGUCUGGUUAUGUUUGCGAUUGUCCUACUGGUUUUCUUGGUCACAAUUGUGAAAUUGAUAUCAAUGAAUGUUCUUCAAUGCCAUGUCAGAACCGAGGUACAUGUAUCGAUUUGCCAAAUGAUGUGGCAUGUAUCUGCCUGCCAAUAUUCACUGGCAGAUUCUGUGAGAGAAUACUGAAUCCAUGUGAAUUGUUGCCUUGCUUAAAUAAUGCAACUUGUGUAGCUCAACAGCUGAAUUAUAACUGCCGCUGCAUGCCAGGAUUCACUGGAAAGAACUGUGAGGAAGUAAUUGACUACUGCAGGCUGCUCAGCAUCAACUGUCUGAAUGAAGGAUUGUGUCUUAAUAUAAUUGGAGGAUUCACAUGUCUCUGUGCACCUGGAUGGGCAGGAGAAUUUUGCCAAUUUGCUGAAAAUGCAUGUUUAAUUUACCCAAAUAGUUGUCCUGAUGGAGCAACUUGCGUUGAUAUGAGCCACUUGAGACAGCAACCUUCAUUUCAGUGUUUGUGUCCUCAUGAUUUCACAGGAAAAUUCUGUGAGGUGCAAAUUGAAAACUGUGAUUCCAAUUCAUGUAAAAAUGGAGGAACAUGUGUUGACUAUGAAGACCAUUUUAAGUGCAAUUGCCCUAUAGGUUUUGAAGGUGAAAGAUGUGAACUGGAUAUUGACGCCUGCCUAUUCUACAAUAUAAGCUGUGCCCCAGGAGGACUGUGUGUAGAUAAAUCUCAUGGAUUUAAUUACACGUGUUUAUCACCAUGUAUUGGAAAAAAAGAGGUGUGUGGAAAUGGAGGUAGCUGCUUCUACAAUGAAGAAAACCAGACAUCUCACUGUGUCUGUGCUCUUGGAUGGACAGGACAAACAUGCCUGGAGAAUAUUAAUGACUGUGAGGUAAACCAGUGCCAACAUGGAGCCACAUGUGAAGAUGGAAUUAAUAAAUACAGGUGCAUAUGUCCCCUUGGUUACACCGGUGAAUUUUGUGAACUUGAUAUAGACAAUUGCAUUGGAAACCAGUGUUCUGAGCAUGGUUUCUGCCAGGACCACUUGCAUAAUUACAGCUGCAACUGUGUGCCUGGAUAUGAAGGACUCCUCUGUGAAGCUGAAAUUAAUGAAUGCUCAAGUUCACCUUGCAAAAAUGGAGCUACUUGUAUGGAUUUAAUUGGCCACUUUUCAUGUCAUUGUGCAGCCGGGUUCAAAGGAGAAACAUGUUCUGUUCGCAUGAAUGAGUGUCUAGACAGACCGUGUUGGAAUGGAGGAGCCUGUAAAGAGGACAUAAAUGGCUUCAAAUGCAUCUGCCCCUCUGGUUUUUCAGGACAGUACUGUGAAAUAGAAAUGAAUGGGUGUGAUUCAACUCCCUGCUUGAAUGGUGCUGUCUGUCAGAAUGAUGUCAACAGCUAUAAUUGUUUUUGCCCUGAAGGAUUUGAAGGUCUGAACUGUGAAAUCAACUUUGAUGAGUGCACUUAUGGCUUCUGUAAAAGCAAUUCAACUUGUUUAGACCUGGUUGCAGACUACAGUUGUGUUUGUCCUCCAGGAUUCACUGACAAAAACUGUUCCACAGAUAUUGAUGAAUGCUUCUUCAAGCCCUGCAAAAAUGGAGGAGAUUGCCAUGAUUUGAUUGGUGAAUUUUACUGUAGCUGUUUGCCAGGUUUUACUGGUCAGUUUUGUGAAGCAGAUGUUGCUGCCUGCCUGUCACAACCGUGUGGUACCUCCAGCAUCUGCAAAGACAUAUUGGGUGGUUAUCUUUGUUUCUGUGCACCUGGUUUUAUAGGCAAUAACUGUGAGAUUGAAGUGGAUGAGUGUCUUAGUGACCCUUGUCACAAUGGAGCUACUUGUGUUGAUCAUCUGAAUGCCUUCAGUUGCAUCUGUCAGGAUGGAUUUCAAGGCACUACUUGUGAAGCAAAUAUAAAUGAAUGUCACUCUUCUCCAUGUCUUCAUAAUGCAUCAUGUUCAGAUCUUAUUGGUGGCUUUGAAUGCACCUGUCUUCCUGGCUUUACUGGUGCAAGAUGUGAAACAGAUAUAGAUGAGUGUGCUUCAUUUCCCUGCAAGAAUGGAGCCACCUGCAUUGACCAACCUGGUAAUUACUUCUGCCAAUGUGUGGCUCCCUUUAAAGGUUUGAACUGUGAGUUUAGGCCUUGUGAGGCCAGCAAUCCCUGUGAGAACGGAGCUGCAUGCAUAGAAGAAAAGAAUUUGGACGUUUUUCCCCUUGGAUUCCAGUGCCAGUGUGUGAAGGGCUUUGCAGGUCCACGUUGUGAGAUCAAUGUCAAUGAGUGCAGUUCUAACCCUUGCCUCCAUGGAUACUGCUAUGACAUUGUCGAUGGCUUCUAUUGUUUGUGCAACCCAGGAUAUGCAGGAUUGACAUGUGACCAGGACAUUGAUGACUGCAUAAUCAACUCUUGUGAAAACAAUUCCACAUGUGUUGAUCUACACCUGAGAUACCAGUGUGUUUGCUUGCCUGGAUGGGAAGGAACAUUUUGUGAAAAUGAAUCAAAUGAAUGUAAUUCAGAACCUUGUAAAAACAAUGGCACCUGCAUGGAUCUUUUCAACAGCUAUCGAUGCACGUGUAAAGUAGGGUGGACAGGACCGGACUGCAGUGAAGAUAUAAACGAAUGUGAUUCUGAACCAUGCUUAAAUGGAGCCACCUGUUACGAAUCUGUUAAGCAAGGACAGUUUGUAUGCAUUUGUCCUCCAUUUUAUACUGGUGACUUCUGCCAUCAGCGCUUCAGUCCCUGUGAGCUGCCUUAUAAUCCGUGCAUAAACAAUUCAACCUGUUUGGCACAAGUUGAUGGAAAUCCAAUGUGCAUUUGCAAAACAGGAUUUGAAGGUACUUAUUGUGAAGUAAACAGUGAUGAGUGCAUUUCCCAUCCAUGCCAGAAUGAAGGUCUCUGUGUGGAUGGAGUUAACCAUUACAGGUGCUCCUGCCAACAUGGCUUUACUGGAACACUAUGUGAAGUGGAGAUUAAUGAAUGUUUAUCAAGACCCUGCAAAAACAAUGGAACUUGCCUGGAUCUUGUAAACAGAUUCAUCUGUAUUUGUGCACCUGGAUACUAUGGAUCUCAGUGUGAGCUGGAUGUAAAUGAGUGUGAAACUUUGCCUUGCUUGCAUGGAGGAAGCUGCAUCAACAGGCAUGGAGGCUAUCAGUGUUUCUGUGCCCCCGGAUUCACAGGCGAUAGAUGUGAAAUAAAUAUAGAUGAAUGUAUGUCUACUCCUUGUCUCCACAACGGAAGCUGCAUUGAUGACAUCAGUUCCUAUAAGUGUCACUGUAUGAGAGGUUUUAUUGGAACAAACUGUGAGAUAAAUGUUAAUGAAUGCUUGCCAGAUCCUUGUCUUCAUGGAAGAUGUAUAGAUCUCAUUGAUGGAUAUCGAUGCUUGUGUGAAUCAGGAUGGACCAGCUCAAGAUGUGAGAUAAAUAUUAAUGAAUGUGAGUCUGCUCCCUGCAUUAAUGGAGGUUCUUGUCAAGAUGCAGUCAAUGCAUUUGUUUGUACUUGCCUGAGUGGGUACACUGGCAGGUUUUGUGAAGUUGAUAUUGAUGUUUGCAUUGAGGCCACACCGAACUCAGUUCUCUGUUACAAUGGAGGUGUAUGUGUUGAUGGACCUGGAAGAACUUUUCAUUGCAGGUGUCUCGCUGGAUUUUCUGGACAGUUUUGUGAAAUAGAACUUAAUGAGUGUAAUUCAUCACCUUGUCUACAUGGCUCAACCUGUGAAGAUCAUAUAAAUGGAUACACUUGUAAAUGUCAACAAGGAUGGGAGGGCCUCCAUUGUGAGCUGGAUGUUGAUGAGUGCAUAUCCAACCCCUGCAUACAUGGCAUCUGUGUUCAGAAGGAUCCCAGCUUUGGUUAUUCCUGUUAUUGCAAGCCAGGAUUUGUGGGACGAAGCUGUGAGCUUAAUUACAAUGAUUGCCUUAUACAGUCCUGCUCCACUGGGUUUCUUUGUGUUGAUGGAAUAAACAAUAUCACCUGUUUACCUACUAUCCCCCAAAGCAAGAAAACUGUCACUGAAGUGGCUGAAGUGUUUCCUGCUGAGAUUUUAGACAAUGACCUUCCAUCAGCCCAAGCUGUGUUUAUGGAACUUUUGUCUAAACAUACUUCUCCCGAUUUUCAUACAAAAGAGAUGUCCCAAGAUUUUAGUCAUGCUCUCUAUUAUGGUGAUUCUUACCUGGAAUUUCAAGGCUUGCAUUUGAAGAUGCAAAACUUCUUCCACUUGGAAUUUAAGACAUACAAUGCUCACGGUCUCCUCUUGUAUAUUGAUCAGAGCUCAGAAACUAUAGGACAUUUUUUAAUUCAGCUUUUCAUCAAACAUGGCACCCUACAGUACCAGUUUUCUUGUGAUGAAGCCACAGAAGUCAAAAACAUCACUACUACUGGUAGGGUGGAUGAUGGACGUUGGUAUAAAGUGCAAAUUAGGCAAGGCAUGGCACCGUGUGAAGCAGAAAUGUCAGUCCUGGGGAUAUCUGCACAGACCAGUAUGCCUAGCAAUUUCUUGUCCGGUUCAUAUUGGCUUGAAACAGGAUCCAUAUUUGUUGGUGGCUUGCCUCAUCGUUAUGCAAUUAAGCAGGUACCUGGACCUGUCUACAAUUUCACUGGCUGUAUACAAGUCAUAGAAAUUAAUAAUGUGGGACCUUUCAACUUCUCUAAUGCUGUGGGAAGAAAUAAUGUUGACAAUUGCAGGAUUCCCAAACCCACACAUCUGUCAACAGCAUUCCCUAUGGUUUCUACUGAUGUGACUGAGUUGCCAGAGCCUGUUGUGCCCUCUCAGAUUUCCCCUGAACUGCCAUCCGUGUGUCAGGAAGGAAUGUGCCAUAAUGGAGGAACUUGUCAUCCUCUCUCUCUGCCUACUGGUGCCACCUCAUUUCAGUGCGACUGCCCACUGCACUUUACUGGCCGGUUCUGCGAAAAAGACACAGCACUAUUUUUUCCAUCCUUCACUGGAAAUUCUUAUUUGGAACUACCUUUUCUGACAUCUGUAUCUGAGACCAGGACUGCAUCUGGGCAGGAAACAAGCAAUCUGAUGACUCUGUACUUGACAGUGAAAACAACUGCUCUAAAUGGGACAAUUCUUUACACUAGUGAAAAGAAUUUUGGAGAACAGUUUCUUCACUUGUAUCUUGUGGAGGGAAGACCAACAGUUCGAUUCAGCUGUGGAAACUCUCAGAACAUUCUAACUGUUUCUGUCAACGAAUCCAUUAGCAAGGGUAUACUCAUCCCUAUCACAAUAAGCUACAUGUUGCCUGUGGGCAGUCCUGAAGGUUACUGUAUGAUCAGAAUGGCGGUAGAUGGAAAUCCCCCUGUACAACACAGACUUUCUCUCUCAUAUCGAGCAUCUCAGAUCGCCUUUGGAUCAAUCUUCCUUGGAAAUGUUCCUGUUUAUGAAGAGGUUAAUCGAUGUGCUGGGCAGAUAGUUGGCUAUAAAGGAUGCAUUAGGGAUUUUCAAGUUAACAACAAAGAGUUGUUUAUCAUAGAUGAGGCUCUUGGAGGGAGAAACAUUGAGAAUUGCAAUGUUCCGAUAUGUGAUUAUCAUCCAUGUCGCAAUGGUGGGACCUGCACUAGUGAUGCAGAAAAUUGGUUUUGUGAAUGCCCUAAACUCUACUCUGGAAAACUCUGCCAGUUCACAACUUGUGAUGAAAAUCCAUGUGGAAAUGGUGCUACAUGUUUUCCAAAGUCCGGGCAAGAUGCUGUUUGCCUUUGUCCAUAUGGGAGAUCUGGCAUUCUCUGCAGUGAUGCUAUUAAUAUUAGUCAACCAAGUUUCAGUGGUACAGAUGUCUUUGGCUAUACCUCAUUCCUAGCUUAUUCUACGAUCCCAAAUAUCACCUUCUACUAUGAAUUCCGUGUGAAAUUUCAGUUGGCAAACCACCACUCAGCUUUACAAGAUAACCUGAUUUUUUUCACUGGACAGAAAGGCCAAGGUCUGAAUGGAGAUGAUUUCUUGGUGUUAGGCCUCCAUAAUGGCAGAGUUAUAUAUAGCUACAAUCUAGGUUCUGGCACAGCAACAAUCAGUAGUAAACCACUUGAUCUGACACUCAGUAUUCAUGUCAUCCAUCUUGGCAGAUAUCUACAAAAAGGCUGGCUGAAGGUGGAUGAUCACAAGAAUAAAACUGUCACUUCUCCUGGGAGACUGGUUGGACUCAAUGUCUUCAGUCAGUUUUAUUUAGGUGGCUAUCAUGAGUAUAUUCCAGAACUCCUACCAAACGGGUCCAGAUUUAAGAACAGCUUUCAAGGUUGCAUUUUUGACGUUCAAGUUCGCACCAGCAUGAAUCAAGAGUUUAAGUCGCCAGGGACUCCAGAAGGUCACCCCAAUUCUGGUCGCAGUGUUGGACAAUGUAAAGAUUCCCCAUGCAGUUUAAUAAAAUGCAGAAAUGGUGGGAAGUGCAUAGAAAGUGGUUCUACUGUUUACUGUGACUGCCCCACUGGAUGGAAAGGUGCAUUUUGCACAGAAACAGUGUCAGUAUGUGAACCUGAGCACGAUCCUCCACAUCUGUGUAAGCAAGGCGGAACCUGUGUGCCACUGCCUGAUGGCUACACAUGUCACUGUCCUCUUGGAACAACCGGUACCUAUUGUGAACAAGAUAUUUCCAUUAGUGAUCCAUCUUUCAGAAGUAAUGAAUCAUCAUGGAUGUCAUUUGCACCCUUUUAUAUCCGGCAUAAGACCCAUAUAAAACUAGAGUUUCAGCCUCUAUCUCCAGAUGGUAUCCUGUUUUAUACUGCACAGCGUCUGGGUACUCAGUCAGGUGACUUUCUAUGCAUAUCGUUACUAAAUGGAUAUAUACAGUUACGCUACAAUCUUGGAGACAAGACCGUCAUCCUGCAGACCUUUCAGAAGGUUCGUGCAAAUGGCCAUACAUGGCAUUCGCUCAAAGCUGGAAGAGUGGGUAAUGAAGGCUACCUGGACCUGGAUGGUAUCAACAUCACUCAAAACGCUAGUCCUGGAAUGACCGCACUAGACACACACACAGAUUUUUUUGUUGGAGGGGUUUCCUCCUUAAACCUUGUCCAUUCAAUGGCAGUAGGAAAUGAACCCACAGGUUUCACUGGCUGUAUACGAGAAAUUGUAAUAAACAACAGGGAACUGAGGCUUACCGUGACUGACCCCAAAGGUGGAGCCAACGUCGGUGACUGUGACGGAACAGCUUGUGGUUACACAGUGUGCAAAAAUAAUGGAACAUGUCGAGUUGAAAACUCAGGCUUCUCUUGUUCUUGCCCACAAGAGUGGACAGGGAGCACGUGCGAACAAUCUGUUCACUGUUCACAAAACAGGUGUGGGUCUCAAGCUCUCUGUAUUCCUCAGCCUACUUUGUUUUCAUACACGUGUGUCUGUGCACUAGGCUGGUCAGGUAAGUACUGUGACAGUGAAACCAGAUUUUUCAUAGCAAAGUUCAUUGGCAACUCCUACAUCAAAUACACAGAUCCUUAUUAUGGAAAAAGAGACCUCCAGUAUAGCCGUAUUUCUUUAAAUUUUACUACCAAUCAAACUGAAGGCUUAAUAGUAUGGAUGGGAAAAGGUGAAGAUGAAGAUAAUGAUUUCCUUGCCAUUGGUCUUGCCAAUGGAACAUUAAAAGUUGUGAUUAAUCUUGGAGAAAGAAUCUCUGUCCCUCUAAUUCACAGCAAAUACUACACCUGUUGUGAUGAAAGAUGGCAUUUUGUUACUGUAGUUCAAAACCAAACUUGUAUUAAGGUAUACCUUGAUGAGGAGCUCAUUCUUUUUGAAGAUAUUGAUCCACACAGAAAAUACACUGCUUUAAACUAUGGAGGCAUUUGUUAUUUUGGAGGGUUUGAAAUUGGCAGAAAAGUCAAUAUAGUCACUACAGGGCUUUUUCAGAAGGAAUUCAUUGGCAAAAUUAAAGAUGUUGUGCUCUUCCAAGAUUCUAAGAAGAUUCAGCUAAUGAAAGCAGAAGGGUAUAAUGUUUACAAUGGAAAUUAUGGAAAUUAAUUGAAAAACUGUUUAAAACUCUUUAAAAGUGAUGAAUUUCCUUUUCCUCCUGCUUCUUGUGUUAGCUGGCAGUGUAAGGCUUGCAAACCAACAUAAGGAAAUGCUUAAUAAAAUCAUCCCUAAUUAUUUUUUUUUUAUGUUGAGUAUUAAUAGCAUAUCUAAAAUGUGCUCAGCUGCUUUACUUAUAAUUACUUACAUAUACUAUUCAGUAGUUACUUUAAAAUAAUGGGAAAGUCUGCAGUUUUUUUCUUUAUUGUGCUGGAAAUAGUUUUGUAGAAAAAUAGGUAGCAAUUAGCUCAUAAAGCCAACUGUCAUGCCAGUAUUAAUUGUUUUUUGGUUUAUGAGAACACACAACUUACCUGUUUCUCCAAAACUUAAAUUGUAUUAGAAUUUUUAUAAUUUUAUAAUAUUAAGGUCAAGUGUAAAAACCGAAAUUGGAGGGAGAAAAAAAAGGUGCACUUGGGAUUAAAAGAAUGUUUCUUGUAAUGAGAAUUCUAAAAAUCAUAACAUCUGUAAUUAUUUAUUAAGUCUAAAAGGUGAUGACAUUCUCCCUUCCUCCUGAGUCUCUAUCCAUCACUUACGCAUUUUUGUAAGAGGGUAGGAAUUAAGCCUGUCUUCCCACUAAAAUAUUACACUUAAAGAAGAAUGAUUUAAAGAGUGGAAAAGGUAUUUUACUUAAUUCUUGAACAGAUAUAAAAUAUGCCUCCUGGUCUUCUCCAGCAGAGGUCUCCCCUGUUUGACUACAUGAAAACUCUUUGUUUCAACCAUUCACGACUGGAACAUGGGAAGGUGGCAGUCAGCUUACAGGUAACUUCUAUUCCUAACAGCUUAAAAACUAGGGAGUCUAAGAACUGCUUUGCUGUAGACAUUCUUUUCUGACUUAUACGCCCCUAAAUGAGAUUUUGAAAACAAAGGUUUUGGCCCCAGUAAAUUGAAUUUACAUGCCUAUGUUUUUCAUGAAUUUAUAACCUCAAAAAUAAAUAGAGCUCUUCAUAUACAAAUGUGAAAACUCUAUUCCUUCUGAAAAAGCUGUUAUAUUCUAGUUUAGUCAGCAAUAAAACCAAAAUACAUCAAGUUAUAUUUUAAUGUGCUUAAACAAAUGAUUUAUGAUAGUAUCUACAUUUCUUAUUUGACUGCUGACUUACUGUAUAAGUAAAACACUUAAAUAAAAUAGUGACUGAUUCCUAUCUUUUCCUUUUUUACUUUACUGUUGCUCAAAAGCAGAUAAUAAACCAUCACCUCCUUGCACGGAAAUUCUCCGAAUACAAGUCUUCAGUGGGUACCCAUCAGAAACAAGCAACGAUUUCUAAUUUUUUUUGUCUUUCCAUAAAGCAGAGACAAUACGUACAGUAAAACCAGGUGACACACGUUACUUUCCACAUAUCCAUAACUAGUGUGCAGCAACAAAUGCACUGUCAAGUCAGUUACAGAUGACUUGAAGAUAACUAAGGUGGGAUGCAGUGAUGGAAUUACCCUGAGACAUUUUAAUAAGGAUUUGCAGAGGUUUGUGAGGUUCCUUCCACCCGCUUCAGCUGCUCUGAGCCCUCAAGCAAUCAGCCCGAUGCACUGGAGCCUCUUCCCAACAGGCAGCUCAUGAAGCCCACUUGGCAUUAGAGCUGGCCCCAGAUUCUUCUCCUCUUCUAGUUUCUCUUAGAAGGGCCUUUUGUGGUCAUGUGAUGCCGGGAAGGAAGCGUAUUUAGGGUUUAUCCUGUUCUCUCGGGGGCUGCUGGGGUACUGCCAGUUCCUCCUCAGUGCGCGCUGCUUUCUGUGGCCUGAGCAGCAAUUCAGUGUGAAACAAGUAACAAGUCAUGGGAGCACUUCCAGCCAACACGGGUGGCUGAAGGCAAUGGAGAAGACAAUGUCCUUUAUUCCUGCAGUAGCGGGAUUUACUCCCAUUUACACUAAUUCAGACUCUAGGACCAAAUCCUGGAAACUGUUGCUGCUUGUUAAUUUAAACUCCUAAAAACCCUCUCUCUCAAGAGCUGUUUUACUGAGGCUCUCUUCAGGUUCUGCAUACAAAAGGGGGGCAGUAAAGCACGUGGCAAAUUUUACAUAUUCUUUCCAAACAAAUUAUUUCUGGUAGUUCUGUCAGAAAGCAUUCCUGGCCUUUUCAUACACACAGAUGCAAUUUUCACUGCUCCCAGUUUAUUUUUAGAGCAAAAAUGGAUGUGAAUGUGAGAGGUGGGUUGCCCGGGGACCGUAAGUAGACUGUUAUACUCCUGAACAGGUAGAAAGAAAAUCUUCACAAGCAGAGCUGCUGACUUAAAACUUACUCCAAAAAACCAGAACAAUGCUUUGGUGCACUUCUGUGUCUAAAGAACCCUGAUGUAAUUAUUUAAACAACAAAACACAUGCAUAAUACUACCAGAUAUAUUCAAUGGCACUACUGAUAUACAGACCAUGGAAUUAAUUUGGAGAAAAGCAAAUAUAAUCAUGUCACGGUAUCAUGCUAUUAAAGCUACUAACAAGCUGAGGAUUUUUUCCUCAUGAAUCUUCUCAGCUAUGAGUCUACGAAACAUUACUUAAUAUAAUAAAGGUUUACUGCCCCCUUUAUUUCAUGCAGCUGCCUGCAACAUAUCCGAAUUACAUUUUGCCUUAAAAUAUAUUAAUAAUUAAAACUAAGAAUUAGUGUAUUGUUAAACUGGAAAGACCUUUCUGGAAAGAAGAGGAUUUUCAACAGCAAAGUGCAAAAUGCUACGUCAGUACAUAACGUCACGUGAAAAAAUAAACAAUCGACCAACCUACCAACACUGAAAACCAGAACAAUAAGCCUAAUUUUUUUAUAUAUGGUGGAAUAUUUUUGUUGUUUCUGACAGACUCAAACUGAACAGUGUAUUUUAAGAAGUAUAAGAGCAGGAGAUUUGUUUUCACAUUUGCCUUUUUUUGCUUUUUGUUUUGCAUCAGUGGAUGACAGUCUCCACAAAAUAUCGAUUUACUGGAAGUCCCAAUGGUACAAAACACCCUUCUGCCCUUCUCCCCCACUCUUCACCCCCCAAAACUUGAAACAUCCGAGCCAUGAAGUGUAGAACAAAUGUGGCAUUGUGUAACUCAGCCUGCUAUAUUCGUUUAGCCUACAGUUUCACACCUAUGAAAUCAAACACAGACAGUAUGUGAGAAAGUUUUAUCGUUUUAGAAUCAAAAUAUCCCUUAAAAUAUUUACAUUUUACAGUAAAAAGGAUAGCAAAACACAAAGUAAUGUACAAGCUUAGAUAUUCAAGUUUUUGAAGCAUGGAAAAUGGUGGGAGAAAUGAAUUUACUACUACAAAUCAUAUUUUCAAGAAUUUAGGUUAAAAAUGCUUUCUUAUUAAAACAAGUGCAGUUUAAAGCAGUAACAUUUGAGCAGCUCAGCCUUUCAAUUUCUGGUCACAAACUGCUUCAGAUGCUUAGGAAAUACUUGAAAAACUAAUGAAACACACUUCAAUUAUUUUGUUGGCCUACUGAAUAAUUUAAAAAAAAAACACCAACUCUUCACACCUCCGGACAUAUUAUAUUUUGUUAUAAUGUUUGUGGAUUCUGAGGCCCUUUGCUACAGUCUGUAAAAACAGUGCAAUUUAAAAAGGUUAUUGUAUGAAAUUCACCUUGAAAAUUAGCAGAGCAUCUUAAAACAGAAGAGAGCACAAAUUACCAAAGGCAGCAAUUAUACUGCAGACUUAAGCCAACUUCAUCAGCUAAGAAAAUUUCUAAGCCUUUAUUGCAUAUUAAUAAAAGAAAUCUUGAAAAUUUUGAAUAUACAGCAAUGUAAAACUUUUAAAAAUAUUGAACUCCUACUUCUAGCGAUAGUUGGUAUAAUGAAAAAAAGGAUGAGUAUUGGUACAUCGAGUGGUACCAGAAGACAGACUUGUUUCUGCAAAACACCAACACUGAAUAAAAAAGAUGGCACAAUCCUAGCAGGCUUUUUUUUUAUACAAAGUUUUAUGACGUUACUCUAACAGUUUAUUUAAAUAGGAUUUUAAAAGACUGCCUGCAUCUUUUUACCUUUUGCUUUUAGUUUUAUCACUGUGGUCCCUAUGUCUCUCUCUGUUCUUCUCACUUUCUCGUUCUCUAUGCUUCUCUUUGCCUUUCUCCCUCUCCUUAUCUUUUUCAUGAGCCUGUUCUUCACUUUUAGGCUUUUCCGUCUUUUUUUCUGGAUUUCUAGUCUCUCUGGGGCUUUUUCCAUCAGCAGCCCUGUCACUGUGGGGAGACCGCAAUCUUUCUUUGUCUCUCUGUCCUUCCUCUCUGCUUUUCCUCUCUCUCUCUUUUUCUUGGUUUCUGUCUCUGCGUCUGUUUCUUUCAGAAUCUGGCUCCCAAUAUUUUUCGUUGUUCCACUCUUUCUCAUGUCUGUCUUUCUUUUGGGGAUGGGAUUCACUGUAAAAUCUUUGCCUGUGUUGAUCAUUUUUUCCUCUACUGAAUCCUCUCUCCAAAUGCUGUUCUUGUCUGCCCCAAGGAUCGCUGUGGCGUCUUUCUUGUCUCCUACUAUCUUUACUCUGAAAAAAAUUUUCUGG